UGAUCCUCAUUUUAUUUCUCAUUCACAUCGAAAAAAUCUUUUUAGAAACACGGACGAAGUUGGAAAAAAUGGAUUCCGUUCGAUGUUGCUAUACACACUUUUCCAAAACUAAAAUCAGGUGUUAAAAGUGUUUAAUUAACAAAUUUUCCCAUUAAUUCUUGAUGGGCUUUGGCAUUAGACCCAAUUUAUAAGGACCCAAUUUUAAACGGGGACCCAUAGUUCUUGGGUUGGGGUUGUUCGUUUGGCGGGUCAAAAAUUCACCGGUAAAGAGAGGGGCUGAGCAACCACUACUCGCCGCCGUGAAUAUCAUGUUUGCAAUAAAUAAACGCAUAAAAGGGUCUUCCCUCAUAUUCAGGCAUUCCGGUAUCAAUGUCGGCUCAAGAUCUGGUUGUCUCUUUUAUGUAUGUAGGGAAGCUCCUCUUAUGUAUUGUUACUCUGGACAAAGUGUUCGAAAUCCAUAUUUGCGUAAAGCUACUUCCUUUAUGCGUUUUCUUAGUCAUGGCAACUCCUCAAUUUCCAGAAGCUAUCAUCAAAUGAGAUUAAUUCCUAGAUUACCUUAUCAAGAUCCUGCAAUGAACCCUUCGCAAUUGCCAAGUUCAUUAACUUCCGGAUCUCGUGAGAUUGUUUUGAAAUUGCUCCAUGCUAGGUGGUUCUCUAGUCCAUCCAUAGAGCUGAAUACAGAGAAAGGUGUUGUCAGAUUUAGAUUUGGUCAAGAAAUGGGAAAAGGAGGUGGUCAGACAAAGGCGAAGCGUGUCCUGAAGAAGUUUAAAAUGUCUAAAAAAGCAAAAUUGAAUGAACUCAGAUUUUACCGACUGAAGGCAAAGAAGAAAAUGAGAUCUCCAAAUCCUGAAGUUAGGAUCAGAUACAAACUUGAGAAGGCAAAACGAAAGGAAGCUUGGUUGAUUGAGAAAUUGAGAAAUUUUGAGGUACCUAAAGCUCCAGAUGAACCACAUGAUCCUGAAAUUUUAACUGAAGAGGAGAAGUUUUACUUGAAGCGCACUGGUGAGAAAAAGAAAAAUUAUGUACCAGUUGGGAGGAGAGGAGUAUUUGGAGGGGUGGUGUUGAAUAUGCAUCUUCACUGGAAGAAACAUGAGACAGUUAAGGUUGUAUGCAGGCCUUGCAAGCCUGGGCAGAUUCAUGAAUAUGCUGCAGAGCUGACUCGGCUAAGCAGAGGCAUUGUUAUUGACAUUAAGCCAGACAAUACCAUAAUAUUUUAUCGUGGAAAGAAUUAUGUUCAACCAGAUGUUAUGUCUCCUCCAGAUACUCUGUCUAAAGAGAAGGCCUUGGAGAAGUAUCGAUAUGACCAGUCCUUGGAGCAUACAAGUCAAUUUAUCGAGAAAAUGGAGAAAGAAUUGGUAGAGUAUCAUGAAUAUCUUGCUCGGAAGAGAAAAAGAGAAAAUAGUUGAAGCCAAGGUUUUGAAGUUAAAUUAUAAAGGUGUGCAUGCAAUUACAAAAUGUUUCUACCUCUCCAAGCAGGAGUGGAGCUUAAAGAGGAAGAGAAAGAAUCAUUUACCUUGCAUGGUAAAAUGAGGCAGAGUUAAACUUUGAACCCCUCAGAAGUUGAAUGAAAGGAGUCGGAUCUCUCUUUUACUCCCAUCUUAUCACAUCUACGAGAAAAAAAUAGAUAGCCUUGAUACACUAAUCCAGAUCCAAUCCUCAAGCCAAGCUUGGUAUAAGGUUCGCAAUUGCUGCUUUCAGCUUACUGCAGAUAAACUAGCUUGAAUCUUGGAUUGAUUAGUGGAUGUUCCCUCAAGUGAAGUUGUCUUUGUCUCGAAAUCUGUUAGCAGAAUCGUUCAACAGUGUCUACAUUUACUGCAGGAGUUAAGCUGGGGAAGUUCAAUGGUAAUAAGGCUCGUCAGUGAAAAGCAAAGGCUUCAUGUUCUCAUAUUGCAAUCAGAGUAACUUCGGCUGUGUGUUCUCUGUCCGGUCCAUGUAAGUAUGUUGCUCAGUGUUAAAGUGCGAAGAGUUCAUGCUAACAAGCAGUCGAAAAGUAAAACCGCUUUAAACUGUCGUAUUUUAAUGUUGCAACCAGUUUGAAUGCUUGGAGACGUGGGUCCUACUAAGUUUUCAGGUUGACUAUUCAUGCUUGUAUUCCAAGUAGUAUAUAUGAUAAUACAACUUGUCCCUUGACAAGGGUUUCUCUUGCA